AGCUUCAGAGACAUGGCGCCAUUUUAUGUUUGUUUUUCUUGUGUGUGUGUUAUUAGCUGCAUUCUGGUCAGCCCAAACAUAAUUUGCACAGGCAGCUUAUUCAGACAGUGCUUGUGAUGCUCCAUCCUGCUCAGUCUACCUGUGUGACGUCCUGUGAACACUGCAGAUGUUGUUAGGGUUUUUUUUUUUCUUUUUUCUUUUUUAUGCAUCUCGUGCUGACGUGCGCACGACCGAGUGACUCAAACCUGCGUCAGACUUAGUCGUGACUUUCCAUAGUAACUUCUCCAUCCGACAGGGCGCCGCCGAUUUAUCCCACAAUACGAGCCGGAGCCACGUGGAAACCAGAGGCGCGAGCGGCUGAUCUCUGCAGAGAGCCUCGUUAAAGCCUUCGUCUUCAUCCUCCUCAUCGUCACCUGCGCGAGUCAGCGGCACGGUAGUAACCGAACUUGUGGCGAGGCGUUCGAGCUCGUGCGUCAGACUUUACGCACCAUGCGCCCCUGUGUGACCGGGAGCUGUGUGAUCCCGCAUCUCGUUGCGCGCAGAGAUGCUGCACACGGACACAGAGCCUGAAUGAAGACAGCGCCGACCAUCACUUCAGGAUUCACGCCGUCACGCGGACUCGGGCGUUUGUGCCACCUCUGCACGCCACGGUGAGAUUUAAGAAACAAGCACAACUUUCCUUCCUACUUCCUCCUUGUCUCGCUCCAGUCAGUCUCCUCAGGCUCUCCUCUUUGACUUCACCACACUCGACCUGAAGGAGCUCCUUCAUUGCAGCCAUGCCAAAGAACACCAAGGUGACCCAGCGGGAGCACAGCAAUGAGCCGGUCACUGAGUCGGUGGCUGACCUGCUGUCCCUGGAGCACCCCAUGGACUAUAAGAGCAGCCAGAUGAGUAUGGGUCUGAGUCCUGGCUCGACUGCUCCGGUAAAGGCCCUGCUACCCUCCCCUGACCCAGACGCUGAGGACGGCCGACCGGCCUGGAACAACAAGCUGGAGUACAUCUUGGCCCAGGUGGGCUUUUCUGUGGGCCUGGGUAACGUCUGGAGGUUCCCUUACCUGUGUCAGAAGAACGGUGGAGGCGCGUACCUGGUGCCCUACUUUAUUCUCCUCCUCCUCAUUGGCAUCCCCUUGUUCUUCCUGGAGCUGGCGGUGGGUCAGAGGAUCAGGCGUGGCAGCAUCGGGGUGUGGAACUACGUCUACCCACAGCUGGGAGGAAUCGGGGUCUCCAGUCUGAUGGUUUGCGGUUUUGUUGGCCUCUACUAUAACGUGAUUAUCGGCUGGAGCAUCUUCUACUUCUUCCAGUCUUUCCAGUAUCCACUGCCUUGGGCUGAAUGCCCCAUCCAGAGAAAUGGAACACAAGCCAUCGUGGUGCCAGAGUGUGAAAAGAGCUCGGCCACCACUUACUUCUGGUACCGCCAGACUCUCAACAUCACCAGCUCCAUCGACGACACGGGGGGCCUGAACUGGAAGAUGGUGCUGUCCCUGCUGGUGGCUUGGAUCCUGGUCUGCCUGGCUGUCAUCAAGGGCAUCCAGUCCUCUGGGAAGGUGAUGUACUUCAGCUCUCUCUUCCCGUACGUGGUGCUUUUCUGCUUCCUGGUGCGAGUCUUGCUGAUGAAGGGAGCAGUGGACGGCAUCGCUCACAUGUUCACCCCAAAGCUUGAAAAGAUGUUGGAGCCGCAGGUGUGGAGAGAAGCAGCCACGCAGGUCUUCUUCGCCCUCGGCCUGGGCUUCGGAGGCGUCAUCGCUUUCUCCAGCUACAACAAGCGUGACAACAACUGCCACUUUGACGCAACACUGGUCUCCAUCAUUAACUUCGUUACCUCCAUCCUGGCCACUUUAGUUGUGUUUGCCGUCCUGGGGUUCAAGGCCAACGUCAUGAACGAGAAGUGUGUUGUCGACAAUGCAGAGAAGAUCCUGGGCUACUUAAACACCGGCGUGCUGAGCAAAGAGCUCAUCCCUCCUCACAUCAACUUUUCCCAUCUGUCCACCGAGGACUACGCAGAGAUGUACGGAGUCAUUAAGACUGUGAAAGAGGACAGCUUCGACCAGCUGGGCCUGGACGCCUGCAUGCUGGAGGACGAACUCAACAAGGCAGUUCAGGGCACUGGUCUGGCGUUCAUCGCCUUCACAGAGGCCAUGACGCAUUUUCCUGCCAGUCCCUUCUGGUCAGUCAUGUUCUUUUUCAUGCUCAUCAACUUGGGUCUGGGAAGCAUGAUCGGCACCAUGACCGGCAUCACCACGCCCAUACUGGAUGCUUUCAAGAUCCGCAAAGAGAUCCUGUGCGUGGUGUGCUGUGUCAUAGCCUUCCUGUUAGGCCUGCUGUUUGUGCAGCGGUCGGGGAACUACUUUGUCACCAUGUUUGACGACUACUCAGCCGGUUUGCCUCUCACUGUGGUGGUGAUCCUGGAGAACAUCUCUGUGGCCUGGAUCUACGGCACUAAGAGGUUCAUGCAGGACCUAGAGGACAUGCUUGGCUUCAGGCCGUACACCUUCUACUACUACAUGUGGAGGUACGUGUCGCCGGCUGUCCUGGUGGUGCUCAUCAUCGCCACUGUCAUCGAGAUGGCUGUCAGUCCUGCAGGAUACAACGCCUGGGUGGAGGCUGAGGGCGCAGAGCAUUUCCACAGCUACCCUCCCUGGGCUUUAGCCAUGGCCUACGCCCUCAUUGUGGUGGCCAUGCUUCCCUUACCCAUCGUCUUCGUCCUCCGCCGCUUCAACCUGAUGUCAGACGGCUCCAACAAGCUGUCCGUCUCCUACCGCAAAGGCAUGAUGAAGGACAUCUCCAACCUUGAGGAGCAGGACGAGCAGCGCUUCAUCCUCAGCAAGAACCCCAGCGAGGCACCGUCCCCAAUGCCCGCCCACCGCGCUUACCUGGGACCCGGCGGCACCCAGGAGAUGACCAACACCAACUACGGCACCAGCACCAAGACUGGCUACCAGAACAUCGGCUCGCCCGAGUCUGAGCUAUGAUCCGGUGAACUUACAGAUCCUCCCAUCCAGUGAACCCCGGCCCUGCUUGGAGAGAGCGAGACAGAGGACGAAAGGGAGGAGAGGAGGACGUCAAGAGGGAGAGAAAAUCCACUGCCGGUUGUUGCAGCGUUCAUCACACCUUAACCCCCAGAGCUCAAUCCCUCUAUCACCCCCUUUUUCUGCUCCAUCGCUCCUUCUUCCCCGCUGUAGAGUCUGUGCUGCUAACGUCCUGUCGUUCCCAGCUGUAAUGGCGGGAUCAUGGGAGUGUGAGGCAAGCUUUUUCCAUCUGUCAGGGGCAGAGAGAGAGGGACGGGGGCAGGCGGGAGGCUUACUGAGGGCUCAGAUACAGGGCUUUGUUUUGUGAUAAGUUCUGGCCGAGGGUUAAGGUGUGUGCAACGCCUGAAUGCUUUUACGUCGUACUGAACCGUAAUCCCAUGUGAAUACCCGUCUGGAGAAGGUUAUUUUAGAGAUGGUCGGAUGUCCUUAGACAGAGGAGAUCAUUAUAGGUCGUAGAAGAUUAUUAUUCGUGGGGACCGGAUGGAAGGAGACUCACCGCGUUGUCGCCUAGAAAAACAAAAUGAUUACAUCCAUAACAGUAUGAGAUUAAUCUGAUAGUGCAAACAGUGUUACAAGCACAUUACAUCUUUAAGUUCAUCGUGCCUAUCCUCCAUCAGCAAUAAUAAUAAAGUAAAACUGUGGCUCUCCUUCUAUCCCUGUGUCCCCCACUGAUGUAGAAUACUGUACAUACGUGUCGUGCAAUAGUCUGAGAUGUCACCGUAAAUCGUGUAUAUACACACAUCAAGUAGUGCGAGUCGAGAGGGAGGCUUUUCUCCCCUUCAUUCCUUUCAACACGGAAGCACAGACGCCCGCUAGCAUUAGAGCAUCUCUGAGCCUUACACAGAGCAGCACUUUUUUAUUUUAAACAACCUUCCUCUUCGACAAACAAGGCUCUGGAGUCGUCGCUGCACACGUCACCUCUGUGCAGCUCCAGUCGCGGCUGGCCCAGACAAAGCUUUUUUUUUUUCCAUUUUUAAUCAA